GCCUCCCUAGCCCGGCACACAUGUGAGUUUGAGAUCGCGACUUUUAAAAAAUGCAAACUUUACGUGAAUUUACGCGUAAAACCAAGCGCGGGAACAUCCUGAAGAUCGUUCGGGAGCACUACCUGCGCGACGACAUUGGCUGCGGCUCCGAUCUAUGCCAGCAGUGCUUCCAGAACGAGGUCUACCAACUGACCUCCCAGCACGAGAUCCAGUGCAGUCUCUUCAAGUUCCCCCACUAUAUUGUCUUGGACACCAAUGUUGUCCUGGACCAGAUCGACGUGCUGGAGGAGGAUGUGCUCCAUAACGUGAUUGUCCUGACCACCGUCCUUAACGAGGUGAAGCACAAGAGCUCCUCCAUAUACAAGCGCUUCAACGAGCUCGUCCACGAUCGCACCAGGAACUUCUAUGUGUUCGUCAACGAGCAUCACAAAGACACCUAUGCGGACCGGGAGCCGGAUGAGACCGCCAACGAUCGCAAUGAUCGUGCCAUCCGGGUGGCCACCAAGUGGUAUGACGACCACCUGCAGGCCUCGCAGUCCUCCAAGGAGUUUGAGCACAGCGGAAGAGCUGCCACCCGGGUUAUCCUGCUUACCGACGAUGCCGGGAACAGGGCCAAGGCCGAGGCCGAGGGCAUUCUGGUGGCCUCAGCCUCCGAGUAUGUUAAAUCACUGGACGACUUUCCACUGCUGGUGGACAAGCUAUCGCGCAACACAUUCGAGAACGAGAAGAAGGGACUACCCCAGUACCCGGCGCAUUUGAGCAUGAAGGAGCUGCUCGAGGGACUACGGAACAAAAAGCUGCUUCAAGGCGCCUUUCAGGCCUCUAGGGAGAACUACCUCGAGGGCAGUGUCAAUGUAGAGGAUUACGAGAAGGAGAUUUUAAUCCAAGGCCGUGAGUCGCUUAACCGAGCCGUGGACGGCGACCUGGUGGCUGUGGAGCUGCUGCCGGAGAACGAAUGGUCCGCUCCUAGUGAGAUUGUCCUGGAGGAGAAGAAUGUCUAUGCGGACGAUGUUCCCAGUGAGGAGCGCGCCGCCGACGAGAAGGACAUGCUGAAGCAGGUGCAGACUGCUGCCGCCUCCGCAGAACGUACUCCCACCGGCCGCAUCGUGGGCAUUGUGCGACGCAAGUGGCGCCAGUAUUGCGGCAUCCUGCAGCCUAGCCUCGUAGAGGACACCAACCGGCACAUAUUUGUGCCCGCCGACCGCAAGAUCCCCCGCAUCCGCAUCGAGACGCGGCAGGCGGCCAUGCUGCAGAAUCAGCGCAUCAUCGUGACCAUCGACACUUGGCCGAGAAACUCGCGCUAUCCGCACGGACACUUUGUGCGCUCCCUGGGCCCACUGGGCAACAUGGCCACCGAGAACGAGGUCAUCCUAUUGGAGCACGACGUGCCCCACUGCAAGUUCUCCGAGGAGGUGCUUAGCUUCCUGCCAAAAUUGCCCUGGAUUAUCACCGAGGAGGAUUACGCUAAACGUGUGGAUCUGCGCGAUCUGUACAUUUGCUCGGUGGAUCCGCCAGGCUGCACGGACAUCGAUGAUGCCCUGCACUGCCGGGAGCUGCCCAAUGGCAAUCUCGAGGUGGGCGUCCACAUAGCCGAUGUGAGUCACUUUAUUCGGCCCGGCAAUGCUUUGGACAAGGAGGCAUCUGCCCGGGGAACCACUGUCUAUUUGGUGGGCAAGCGCAUUGAUAUGGUCCCCGAGUUGCUUAGCUCAAAUCUCUGCUCGCUGGUAGGCGGCGUCGAGCGUUUUGCCUUCUCUUGCGUGUGGGAGGUGGACCAGGAGGCGAAUAUACUGGCCAAGCGCUUCCAUAAGAGCGUUAUCAAGUCCAAGAAGGCCAUGACGUAUGAGGAGGCCCAGGUGAUUAUUGAUGACCCCAUGCAGCAGAAUGAAAUCGCCAAGUCCCUGAGGCACCUCAAUCGUCUGGCCAAGAUCCUGAAGAAGCGACGCAUGGACAAUGGAGCCUUGGUGCUGGCCUCGCCGGAGAUUCGCUUCCAGGUGGACAGCGAGACCCAUGAGCCCCUUGAGGUGGAGGCCAAACAGAUGCGCGAGACGAAUUCCAUGGUGGAGGAGUUCAUGUUGCUGGCCAACAUCACGGUGGCCGACCACAUUGCCUCGGAGUUCUCCGAGUGUGCUGUAUUGCGUCGCCAUCCCCGUCCGCCACCUACCAAAUUUGAUCCGCUGGUGAAGGCUGCCCGCUACCAGGGCUACCAGGUGGACAUCGAGUCGGGCCUGGAGCUGUCGCAUUCUCUGGAUAAGUGCGUCAAGGAGGACAAUCCGUACUUUAACACGAUGAUCCGCAUCCUUACCACGCGCUGCAUGAUGCAGGCGGUGUACUUCAUCAGUGGCAGCCUGCAGAAGGAGGAGUUCUUCCACUAUGGCCUGGCCGCUCCAAUCUACACGCAUUUCACCUCGCCCAUCCGCCGUUACUCGGACAUCAUGGUCCACCGGCUGCUGGCCGCCUCCAUAGGCGCGGACAGCACAUACGCCGAGCUGCUGGAUCGCAAGGCCAACGAGGAGAUAUGUCACAACCUUAACUACCGCCACAAGAUGGCUCAGUACGCGGGUCGCGCCUCGGUUGCCCUUAACACGCAUCUGUUUUUCCGUGGCAAGGAGGAGGACGAAGAGGGUUAUGUUUUGUUUGUUCGCAAAAAUGCUCUGCAAGUGUUGAUCCCGAAGUACGGCCUGGAGGGCACCCUGUAUCUGAAAUCCGACAAGGAUGGCAAGAGCGGUUUAGAGCGAACCAAGAGCGAAGUUGUAUUCACCUUCAACGAGGAGGACUACACCCAACGCUGUGGCAACGUGGUCUUCCACUCCUUUGACCCCGUCACUGUUCGCCUUAGCCUGGACUCUAGCAAUGUGCAGCACGAGAAGUUGGUCUUCCGGCUGGUCAAGCCAUACAUCAAGGGCUUCAGUGUGGAAUUGAACACGGAGGAUGCAGCUGACGCUGCACCACCCUCAAAGAAGACGAAGAAGGAUAAAAAGAAAAAGUAAUCCCUUUGAUUCCCAAUAAAUUAGAAUAUAAGAUGAAUUUAAAAAAAAAUGUAUACCUACAAUCUAUUUGUAUAAAUAAAUGAAUUAUUUGUA